UUCUCCUAGACAUUGGAGCUAUGAUCCUCUGGGGAUAACCCAGGAGAGAAGCAAUGCAAGCCUGCCGUCCUCCAAAUGAGGGCCCCCUCCAAGGCCUGGUUGCUUCCCGAAUUGAAACUUAUGGGGGCCGCCGUCCGACCUCCACCCAGAGCAGAGCUGAGAAAAUCUAUCCCAGAGGAUUGGACCCUAGUCACCGGCGCCUCCAGCAAUCUGUCCCCUUUGCCAGGGCCUCUGGCCAGGCCCGAGGCCUGUCUCCUCUGAUGCAUCGGGAACCAGAGCCAGAGAAGAGGCAUGGAGGCCAUUUUGGGCUUGGCCCACCUCAUUCCCCCAAACUCAAGGAAAUCACCAGGGCCCAUGAGCUGGAGGUGAGACUGCAUACAUUCAGUAUGUUUGGGAUGCCCCGCCUGCCACCUGAGGACCGGAGACAUUGGGAGAUAGGAGAGGGAGGUGACAGUUCCCUGCCCAUGGAAAAGUCCUGGAAGGAGCUGGUGCUUGGACACAAGGAGAUGAGCCGCGAGCUCUGCCACCAGCAGGAAGCACUGUGGGAGCUCCUGAGCACCGAGCUGACCUACUUGAGAAAGCUCAAGAUCAUGACGGAUCUCCUGGCAGCUGGUCUGCUGAAUUUGCAGCGGGUGGGACUGCUGACUGAGGUGUCAGCUGAGAUGCUGUUUGGAAAUGUCCCCAACCUGAUUAGAGCGCACCGGAGCUUUUGGGAGGAGGUGCUGCAGCCCAUCCUGGAAGACACUCGCACCUCUGGCCAGCCUCUGGACCCUGUCAGCUUACAAAAUGGCUUCCUGACAUUUGGCCAGCGGUUCCAGCCUUAUGUCCAGUACUGCCUGCGAGUAAAACAGACCAUGGCUUAUGCCCGGGAGCAGCAAGACGCGAACCCUCUGUUCCACAGUUUUGUGCAGUGGUGUGAGAAACACAAGCGCUCAGGAAGGCAGACACUGGGUGAUCUGCUCAUUAAACCUCAUCAGAGAAUCACCAAGUACCCACUGUUGCUGCAGGCUGUGCUCAAGAGAAGCCCGGAGCCCCGAGCCCAAGAGGCUCUGAAUGCCAUGAUCACAGCUGUGGAGUCCUUCCUGCGACACAUAAAUGGGCAGGUCCGCCAGGGUGAAGACCAGGAGAGCUUGAUGGCCGCAGCCCAGCGCAUAGGACCCUAUGAGGUGCUAGAGCCUUCCAGUGAGGAGGUGGAGAAGAACCUGCGUCCGUUUGCCACCUUGGAUCUAAUGACUCCUAUACUAGGGGUUGCUCCUGAGCACACAAGGCAGCUACUGCUGGAAGGACCCGUGCGAGUGAAGGAAGGCCGAGAAGGCAAGACAGAUGUGUACCUGUUCCUCUUCUCUGACGUGCUCCUGGUAACCAAGCCUCAACGCAAGGUGGACAGAGCCAAGGUCAUCCGUCCCCCUCUCAUGCUCGAGAGGCUCGUGUGCCAACCACUGCGAGACCCCAACAGCUUCCUGCUGAUCCACCUCACUGAAUUCCAGUGUGUCUCCAGCGCCCUCACUGUGCACUGUCCCAGUUCAACAGAACGCGCACGGUGGCUGGAGAAGACCCAGCAGGCUCAGGCUGUUCUGCAGAAGCUCAAGGCUGAGGAGUAUGUUCAACAGAAGAGGGAACUCCUGGCUCUCUAUCGCAGCCAGGGCAGGGAGUCCCCCAGCACCAGGCCCUCCACUCCUUCCCCGGAGGAUUCUCAGAGCGGUUCAGAGGGGAGGACUUCGGAGUUCACCAUCAUCCCCCGCCUGGUGGUGACUGAAGAUACAGAUGAAGACGCUCCCUCUGUGCCUGAUGAUACCUCAGACUCUGGCUAUGGCACCUUGAUUCCAAGCUCCCCCAAGAACUUUCAUUCCCCCCUGAACAGGCUUCGGGCCAAGGCUCUCCGUAGGGACCCUCGUCUCACUUUCUCCACCCUGGAGCUCAGAGACGUUCCUUUGCGCCCCCAGCCUCCUGACCCCCAAGCUCCCCAGCGACGAAGUGCCCCAGAAUUUCCAGACGGCAUCCUGAGAGGAGGCAGUCUACCCAGGAGAGCCUCACCAGCCUGGUCGGAGGAGGAAGAUGAGACCUUGACACCAGGGAAUGUGGUGGUAGAAACCUUAAAUAGAGCGCAAAGUCGGAGUCCGCUCCCCCACUCUCCCACCCCUACUGACUCGGCUGGGGAAAGCUUCUGGGAGUCUUCGGAUGAAGAGGAGGGGCCUGUAGGCCCUGAACUCCGCCCUCGACCCCUGCGGGCUGACAUACUCAAGGAAAUAAGGGAGGAGCUGGCCAGCCAACGCAUUGAGGGAGCUUCUGAACCUGGGGAUGGCAAGCCCCGGAGGCUGACUCGAGCUCAGCUGCAGAGAAUGAGGGGAGCCCACAUCGUACAGCUGGACACACCCCUGUCCACAUCGUAA